AUGUCCAUGGAGGAGCAGGAGUAUCCCGACGCGGUGCUGGUGACGGAGGCCGGGCCGCAGUGGCUCCGCGUCGAGGUCGAGCGUCUCGCCCGCGAGCUCCGCGAGACGACCCACGAGAAGAUCCAGGCGGCGGAGUACGGGCUGGCGGUGCUGGAGGAGAAGCAGCAGCUGAAGCAGCGAUUCGACGAGCUGGAGACGGAGCACGAGACCGUCCGACACGAGCUGGACCAGCUGAAAGAGGCCUUUGGGCAAGCUUACUCGACCCAAAGGAAGGUGGCAGCAGAUGGGGAAAGCAGGGAAGAGUCACUGAUCCUGGAGUCUGCCAGUAAAGAGGCUGUCUACCAGCAAAAAGUUCUUGAGUUGCAGAAUGAGCUCCGACUGGCGAAAGCCUCCCUCACCGGCGCACAAGCUGAAAACGACCGCAUGUCUGCCAUUGCCUUGGAGAUGAAAGAGAGUUCCGAGCUGGUGGAGCUGCAGCGCGGUCAGCUGCGUGAUGACAUCAGAGAAUACAAGGUGCGAGAGGCUCGUCUGCUGCAGGACUACAGCGAGCUGGAGGAGGAGAACAUCUCUCUUCAGAAACAAGUAUCGGUGCUCAGACAGAACCAGGUGGAAUUUGAAGGGCUAAAGCAUGAGAUCCGCCGUCUGGAGGAGGACUCCCAGUGCCUGCACAGCCAGCUGGAGGAGGCCAUGCGUCUGAGAGAAAUCGCUGAGCGACAGCUAACAGAAGCCCUGGAGACGAUUAAAACGGAGCGUGAGCAAAAGGCCUCCCUGCGCAAGCAGCUCUCCCACUCUAUGACCAUCGGUGGCUCGGUGUACAGCAGCUCUUUCAAUAUCUCCAUUGACAACCUGAAGCUCCACGAGGAUCCCUCCACAAUCAGUGAGCCUGACAACGACGAUCUAAUCAGAGGCUUUGAAAACGGCUUGUUGAAGAUGGGCGAGGGUGAUGAAGACAACAGAGCUGCUGCGAACAAGAGAGGAGGGGUCUGCAAGCCGGCUCCUAGCCUGGUGGACGACCUGCUCAGUGAGCUCAACAUCUCCGAGAUCCAGAAACUUAAACAACAGCUCGUACAAGUGGAGCGGGAGAAGGGGGCCCUGAUCAACUCUCUGCAGGAGAGCCAGAAGCAGCUGGAGCAAGUUUAUGGGACUGUGUCUGAGCAAAAGGAAACCGUAAACAGAUUGACCGAGAACCUCAGCGCGAUGAGGAAGCUUCAGGCCAGUAAGGAGCGCCAGUCUGCCCUGGACAGUGAAAAAGACAGGGACAGCCAUGACGACGGAGACUACUAUGAGCUGGACAUCAACGGGCCUGAGAUCCUGCAGUGUAAAUACACUGUGGCAGUGUCCGAAGCUGGGGAGCUGAGGCAGGAACUGAAGACGCUGAGAGCAGAGUACGAGGAGUGUCGAACCCAGUAUGAAGAUGAGCGAGCGCAGCUGGAGAGCGAUGUCCAGGACUUGAGGUCGAGACUGGCCUCCCUGGAAAAGAUUAGUCAAGCAGAUAAAUCGGAGGUGACUCGUCUGGAGAAGGAGCUUCAUCUGACCAGCAAGGCUGCAGGAGAAUCACUUGGUGGCCUCAACGUGGCCCAGGAUGAGCUUGUGGCUUUCAGUGAAGAGCUGGCCAAUCUCUACAACCAUGUGUGUAUGUGCAACAACGAGACCCCGAACCGUGUCAUGCUCGACUACUACAAGGAAGGCAAGGUCACGUUAAGAAGAGGAAACGAAGGGAAAGAGCACCAGUCGUUCAUACUCAUCAGCAACGGGCUGAUCAAUGAGACUGAACCAGGAAAGACCUCAGUUUACCCAGCCCCAGAGCACCGCCCAGAACCCAUGAACAUCUAUAACCUUGUAGCCAUCAUCAGGGACCAGAUCCUCCACUUGCAGCAGGCGGUGGACCGCACCACAGAGCUGUCGCGCCAGAGACUCGCCAAUCUGGAGCUGAGCACCGUGGCAGACAAAGACAAGGAGGCUUGCAUGGAAGAGAUCCUUAAAGUGAAGUCCCUGCUUAGCACCAAAAGGGAACAGAUAGCCACUCUCAGAGCUGUGCUGAAGGCCAACAAACAGACGGCCGAGGUUGGUCUGGCCAACCUGAAGAGUAAGUACGAUACUGAGAAGGCCAUGGUGACUGACACAAUGAUGAAACUCCGCAAUGAACUCAAGGCUCUGAAGGAGGAUGCUGCUACCUUCUCCUCUCUUCGAGCCAUGUUUGCUACAAGGUGUGAUGAGUAUGUGACCCAGCUGGAUGACAUGCAGAGGCAGCUCGCUGCUGCUGAGGAUGAGAAGAAGACCCUGAAUUCUCUGUUGCGUAUGGCCAUCCAGCAGAAACUGGCCUUAACUCAGCGCCUGGAGGAUCUAGAGUUCGACCACGAGCAGGCACGCCGCAGCAGCGCCACAGCGGUGGGAGGCAAGGGCAAACUCAAGGGCAAGGGAGCCUCGUCCAGUAAUCAUUAAAUCUAUCCAGUGAAGUGACCAUAAGGAGGUCCGUCAGUGAGUCUGUGAGAGUCGGGGCUCCUGGGUUCUUCACUCUUUAAUCAUGGCUCAAAUCAUAUCAUUGCUAACAAAAGAACACAUCCAACAGUAUUUGCCAAGGGCCUUGUUUUUCAGUGCCAAAACUAAAACUUCUUCAAAGAUUGUGACUCAUCACAUCCGUCUUCCAUCAAUAUGAACCACUAUUGUUACUGAACCAGAGGAAAAAUCAAGAUUGGUGCUAAUUUCCCAUUGCCUGUUACCCUGACUGAGCACUUUUUUUUGCUUGCUCUUACACAAUUCCUCUUUCUUUUGAUGCCUCUGUUUUUUUAAGUAUUAUAAGAUGUUUUACUGUGUGUGUACUUUAAUCUGCCAGGUUCCUGAUCACUUUUUCAAGUGAUUCAGCAUAUUCUUAUCCAUAUUAUUAUGUGGUAAUUAUUUUUAAAAGCGGCAUUUUUAACCCACUGGUUGAAAUCAAACAAAAGAGAGGAAUACGCUUCUCGCCUUCGUUGCUUUGCUUUUGGCCUUUGAUUCAUGGGUGCCUUUCCUGGCAGAUUUUUUGGUAACCAUUUCUCCUGUUUAGCUCAUUAAAACAUAAUGCGUUCACAUUCAUACAUGGUUUUAAACAAAAUCUAUAUGAUCAUGCAGAUAUGGAGCUUCAAAUUCAGGGUCCUAACUAAAUUUUGGAAAACUGGGUGACGUCUGUAGACGUGGAACAGCUGUCACAAAUUCAAGAAUACCUGUAGUGACUGAGGAAGAGUAUUAAUGCAAAGCUUAUUUAAGAUUUCUAAGUUAAGGUCAGAUGUUAAUAGUAUUCAUAAACUUUAUGCAUGAAGGAGAGUCUCUAAUGGAAUUGUUAAUACAAUUUGUGUAAACCGUUUGAAAACCCAUUGUCUUCAAACAAUAAGCCUGCAGUGCCAUUUUGUGUCAUGUGUAUACAAGUGCAAUUUGCAUUGCAAAAAAAAAAAAGAUAUAUAUAUUUUACACAUUGUUGCUCACAUUCUUGUCCUAAUUGAUUUUAUAUGUUUUAAUGUAAGUGGUAUUUAUUUGACACUGCUCAGACUGCAGGAUGCCAUCAUCCUUUUUUGUUUCAUAAGGGAGUGUGAGUGGAGGCGGCUGGUCAGAGUUUCAAGAAAACUAAAACCUUGGUUAAACACUCGCAAAAUUCACGACUGUUGCCGACUUUCUCUGCUUCCAGUUAUGGCUGGUGAAGAAAUAAACCUGACUUUCACAA